UUCAGGAACCUCGCUUUAAAAUGGCGGCAUCCACUAUACACCCCUGCUAAAGGCUCUCCUGGCACCGGCACCUGGGCCACCUCGCGCAGCGCUGCUUUUUUGCUUCUCCUGCUAACAGAUGGCAUGUGCCCCUGUUGCUGCCUCUGCCCCUACCACUGCCACUGCUAGCAGGGCCCCUUAGCCUCUGGGUUUGCGCUAGCGACUGAAGGUUCUGAAAAGUGCCUUUUCUGAAAACUCUGCUGCUUGGAUUCUACUCUAGAGCUCUCUUUCCAAGCCCUCUCCCCACAUACCCUUCCCACUCCUACCCCUACAAAACCUGCCUUGCUUGUAGUUCACUGUCAGCAACUUGCCCAUUUAUUUUUUCUCUCAUUCUCAGUUUUCUUAGUCAUUUGUCCUCCCCCUUGAUUUUGCAAAACUAGAUUUUUAGGUUUUAACAUCCUCCCAACCUUAUUCUUCUGAGCAAAGAGUUGGGGAGAUAGACUUUUCUCUCCUUGAUCGGAGACCAUCCGCAAAUUGCCAGCAACAUAUGCUUUUUGUAGGAAUAAUUGAAAACAUCAACUAGAUAGCAUAGGAUUCUUUUGAACGUCUGCCAAUUAUUUGAAGCAAAUUCAGCAAAGGAACAAAAUAUAGCAUUCAAUAUCUUAACCUUUCUAGUUGCCUUCUUAGGACUUGGUCUCUAAUUUGAUUUUCGGUUAUUCUGAUACAACGUUGACUUACUAAGUGGCUUUUAGUGCUUUGACCAGAUCAGACUUGACUUUAGUGAGAACCUAAGUGCUAACAAAUACUCCACCAAGGAACCUGCUCUCACUUCACAUUUGGUUCUGAUUCCCUUAGAUCCCUUGAACCAUCUGCAGCCAUACUGUUCUCUGAAGAGGGUGCACUUGGUUGCCAUUUUGCUCUCAGUAUGACACCUGUCAAUGUAGCACUAAUCCGUGAUACCAAGUGGCUGACUUUAGAAGUUUGUAGAGAAUUUCAGAGAGGAACUUGCUCUCGAGCUGACACAGAGUGCAGGUUUGCCCAUCCGCCAAGAGUUUGCCAUGUGGAAAAUGGCCGAGUGGUGGCCUGUUAUGAUUCACUAAAGGGUCGGUGCACUCGUGAGAACUGCAAGUACCUCCACCCUCCACCCCACUUAAAGUCGCAGCUAGAAAUUAAUGGGAGAAACAAUCUGAUUCAACAGAAGACUGCCGCAGCCAUGUUCGCCCAGCAGAUGCAGCUUAUGCUCCAGAAUGCUCAGAUGUCAUCUCUUGCAUCUUUUCCUAUGAAUCCAUCAGUGGCACCUAAUCCUACCAUGGCUUACAAUCCCUACAUACCUCAUCCCGGGAUGGGCAUGGUUCCUGCUGAGCUUUUUUACCAAAUGGUCCGUUCUGAUUUCUGAAACCCACCUCUUGCACUGCCAGGAGUUCCUGGUCCAAACCACCUUGCGGAUAGACUGGAGGUUUGCGUGAAUUUCAAGCGUCGGAAACUGUACCCUUGGGAGAGCGAGUGCCGCUAUGCUCACCCCACGGAUGUUUCCAUGAUUGAAGUCACUGAUAAUACUGUGACAAUCUGCAUGGAUUACAUUAAAGGCCGAUGCUCCCGGGAGAAAUGCAAGUACUUUCACCCACCUCCCCACUUGCAGGCCAAACUCAGGGCAGCUCAUCACCAGAUGAACCAUUCCGCUGCUGCCAACGCAAUGGCCCUGCCGCCUGGUGCACUUCAGCUGAUACCAAAGAGGUCAGCCCUUGACAAGGUCAAUGGUGCCACUCCAGUCUUUAACCCCAGUGUUUUCCACUGCCAACAGGCUCUGGCUAACAUGCAGGUUCCGCAGCCAGCUUUCAUCCCGACAGGGCCAAUACUGUGCAUGACUCCUGCUUCAACUUUUGUGCCCAUGAUGCACGGUGCUACACCUUCCACCAUGUCUGCAGCAACACCACCUGCCGGCAGCGUUCCCUACGUUCCAACAACUACAGGCAAUCAGAUGCCCCAAUUAUCAGUACAUGAACUGAAUAUGAACAUGUUUGUUUCACAAUAGAACAGAAAGUUUCUUUGGAAAUAUUGAGCAGCAGAGUUACAGAGUAUCAGAAUCUCUCAACAAGAAACUCCAUGUGGCCUUUCUACAUAUGUUCUCGUAUGUCCAACACAACAAUAAGCAUGGUGCAGUCAAUAUAUUAAAGCACAAAUACCUGUUGACAAAUUCAAGAUUUAAAAGUCUGUGGAGAUGUUGAAGCAAAUAGAAAAUUAACGACUAUGUGUUACCUUAUUGGAUUAAUCGUAAAUGAAUUAUCAUAUAGAAUACAACCAUACAUCUUUGUCAUGUAUAUGAAUUAUCAGAUCCAUUUUACAUUAAUUUUCCCUCUGAUAGAAAUUGCCACAUUGAAUAUAACCAUAAAAUGUUGUGACUUUUUCAUUAAUGAUUUAUGCUAACUGAACAUCCACAGUGUACUGUAGGCUUACUGUAUACUCUUGGUGGAUAAAUUCUGUUUUUGAAGUGUUACCUUACUAUUUUGUUUACAAGAUAGUCUAUUGGAUUGAUGUAGAAUGUAACUAAUAUUUCCUAGCCAUUUUCCUCCAUUGGUAUAUUGUAUUAAAUUGGGUUCUGAUUAGCUUUUCCAA